CUCCGUUUGCAUAUUCUUCGCCAUCUAAUACUAAAGGUGAUGAUAACCUUGAUAAUAGCUUUGAUAAAGAAGGAAAUGGAGAUGAUGAAUUUCUUAAAAACAUGAAAAAUUACAAACGCAAUCAAAUUUCUUUCGGUAAUUUAUUGGGAGUUGGUCGAUCUGGUUCUAUUUUUGAAUCCAAGUUUUAUCGUUAUGAAGAAAUAGGUGCCCUUAAAAUGGUAGACUUGUAUAAAAAUGAGUAUCUAGUAACCGAAUUGUUAAACGAAAUUAAAAUUUACCUCGGUCCUCUUAUGGAUAUUCAAGAAAUUUUCAUACCAAAACUUCUGAAAUAUGAAGUUCUUCACGAAGCAUUUGUUUUUCUUUUUGUUUCAUUUGCCGGAAAAUCGGUUGCAGAAUUAGAGAAUGAGGUCACAUUAAAAGAGAAAGAAUUGGCCAUUUUAAGCUUACAAAUGAUUCAUGAAAGAGGAGUAAAGCAUGGUGAUAUUCGAUUGGAAAAUAUAAUGAUAAACAGAGAUGAAUUGACAGGUAAAACUUCAGUAUGGUGGAUCGAUUUUGCAUGGAGCAAAAUGGGAUGCGACGAAAAGUUCUGA